AUCCUUGAUGAUCUCAUUGGUUGCUGUGUUAAGUAAGAACGAGGUCCAGGGAUCUUGUUACACAACAACAAGAGAAUUUUUUUCCACAGGUCACCUGAUCGGUUAAUGUACUAUGACACGAAUUCAUUCCAUAAUCCAUUCAGCGUACCUAAUUGUUUAAUGUAUUUAAGAGGUAGGCAAGCACAUAAAGGUACCUUUAUUUAGCAAACUUGGAUAUUUUGUUUUUUUUCUUAUGAGUUUCAAGGUUAUUAUUAUACUAUUCUAUUGGGCUUACUGUACUCAACAACUUUCAUACUUGAUAUACCAAUUUUCUUAUAUACCUUCAGUACCUAAGGUAUAUAAUAUCAUAAUACCAAAAGAAUUUUAACCCAGCCAAAUAACCAGGUUCUUCCUUGGAUGCUCAUAUUAGCAACAUGACUUCACCGAUCUCUCAUCAUACAAGCCAUACCAUGUGCAAUGGUGCUAGCAGCAGCAACAGCGGCUGUCAUGGAGGUGGCUCUUCGGCUGUUGCCCACCACACGAGCCAUACCAUGGCCAACGGUGCCAGUAGCAGCAAUAGCGGCGCUACUGGCGGCGGAGGGGCCAUUUCCACUUGCGAUGGACACUGUCAAGACCAUCUCGUGGAAUCCUCCUUAACAGGCCCCGCAACCAACGUGUACGACUCUACUACCAAUACUAAUUUCAAUACCAACAUCAACACCAACAUCAACACUAAACUCAGUGAGCCCCUUAAUUUGAGCCACACUGACGAUGCUGCUUCGAUCGACGGCUCAUCGCCAUGCUCUUCGGCGAGCAGCAUUUCGAACGGUGACAUGGACGAUUCUAGCGGGAUCACUACCAUGUCCAACUCUGUCAAUCUUGCCAACUUCAGCAUUAUUGACAGCACACUCCGCGAGGGCGAGCAAUUCGCCACGGCUUACUUCGACACGGCGCAGAAGUUGAGAAUUGCUAAGGCGCUGGAUGAGUUCGGAGUGGACUACAUCGAAGUAACGUCGCCCGCUGCUUCACACCAGUCAAGAGCUGACUGUGAGGCUAUCUGUAAAUUGGGUCUGAAGGCUAAGGUACUGUGCCACAUUCGAUGCAACAUGGACGACGCGAGAAUCGCCGUCCAGACCGGCGUCGAUGGAAUAAACAUGUGCAUUGGCACCUCUGCAAAGCUCAUGCAGCACUCCCAUGGGAAAGAUAUGGCCUUCAUCACUGCCAAGGCCAAGGAAGUCAUCGAAUACGUCAAAUCAAACGGCGUUGAAGUUCGCUUCUCCGGAGAAGACUCCUUCCGCUCCAAUUUUGCCGAGAUCGUGAAGCUGUACUCUCUCGUCGAUAGCUUGGGCGUCGACCGCGUGGGUAUAGCUGACACCGUAGGCGGUGCCACGCCUAUGGAGGUCUUCGACAAGAUCAGCACCCUACGUCAAGUCGUCUCGUGUGACAUCGAGACGCACUUCCACAACGACACUGGAUGCGCCACCGCGAACGCCUACGUUGCUCUCGAAGCGGGAGCUACCCACAUCGACACCACGGUGUUGGGUAUUGGCGAACGCAACGGCAUUACCCCACUUGGCGGUCUCAUGGCAUGUCUUAUGCCUACGGACCGCAAGUUCAUAUUGAACAAAUAUAAGCUUGAGAAAUUGAGCUACCUCGAACAGCUGGUUGCGGAAUUUGUUUCGGUAGAAAUUCCGUUCAACAAUUUCGUGUUGCAGAAAUGCGACUAAGCAACGCCAGCCGAUCGAUAAGCAAAUCGAACUGGAUGUAAGGGGAAAUUGAAGGCAAGGCAAUCUUAUCAUUAUCCGCUCAUUUGCCGUGGAACCGCAGGUCAAGACGAUUUUAAGAGGGAACAAGUUCUUUGUUCUGGAGAGACUAACACUCAUUUAGCACGUAGAUAGAUACAAAACAUGGUGAGAAGGAGAUAUAGUUGGGAAGUUCUACGUUAGGUACUAGGUAGUAAUUCCAGUCCGCUCUUUACUCGA